AUGGAGUUCAUCUUACUACUGAGUCUUUAUCUGCUUGGGUCUGUCAGAGGAGCACCAGGUCAGCCUGAUAAACCUCUUGAGUUUAUAAAUAACCAUGCUUCAGUUCAGCAACUGUCAAGCGAGUACUUUUCACUUGCCAACCCUUCAGACAUUGAGGCUUUAGAGGAGAGUUCAGGUGAGAAAAUUCUGACUGAGCGCAGUUCAAGUGAACACGACUCCAGCGAGCACGCUGCGAGUGAACAUGCUGCAGGUGAGCACGUUGCAACUGAAAACGCAGGUGAGCACAUGUCAGGGGAACAGCCUUCAGGUGAACAACCUUCAGGUGAACAGGCUCUAGGAGAAGAGGCUUCAGGAGAACACUCUUCAGACCAGUCUGCAGGUGAGCAAGCUGCAGAAGAAAAGUCCACAGGGGAACAUGCUUCUGGUGAAGGUGAACACCAACAGCCUUCAGGUGAGCUGGCUGCUGCUGAGCAGCCUGCAGGUGAGCAGCCUUCAGCUGACCAGGUUUCUGCCGAGCAGCCUGCAGUUGAGCAGGCUACUGGUGAACAGCCUUCAAGUACAACAUUUUCAAGCACAUCUCCAGGUACAUCAUUAAAUUGCCACACAUGUGCUUACAUGACCAAUCAGGGAAAAUGUCUUCGUGGUGAAGGAAUCUGCGCUGCUCAGAGCUCCCAACAGUGCAUGUUAAAGAAGAUCUUUGAAGGGGGAAACCUCCAAUUCAUGGUUCAGGCGUGUGAGAACAUGUGCCCUUCUAUGAAUCUCCUCUCCCAUGGAACAAGGAUGCAAAUUGUAUGCUGUCGGAACAAACACUUCUGCAACGCAGUCUAG